AACAACAACAACAACAAAAAAAAAAAAAAAUGCAAAGCCUUGUUCAGUACUCAAGUGAAUCCGAAUCCGAAUCCGAGUUAGAAUCAAGAUCCAUCCUCAAUACUUCCAAUGCUGCCAUUACCAAAGGACUUUCCUCCACCUCCACCUCCACCACUUCAGCCGCCUUGACUUUCACAAAAGACAAACAAAAUAAUGGUAUUGCAGCAACUUCAGGACAGAACAAUGAUGCAAAUAUUUCUAUGGCGACUGAAGACAACACUACUGCCAAAGCUGUCAGCAACGAUCGCAGCGGGGAUGAUGAUGAUGACUAUGUUUCUGUGGCACUCAAAGAUCUACAGAGCUUUGCCGCCAACAUUCAGGAGCCCACAACAUCUGAAGACGAUACGGCGGUACUACAAACCCAAGUUCAAGCUCAAGCUCUAGGUCAAGGUCAAGCUCAACCACAAGAUCCUCUUUCUCCCGAAACUAUAAUAGAAACUUCUUCAGCUUCCUCAAAAAGUGUAGUAGCUGGUGGUAGCAACCCGGAGGAUUCUGAGAUUCAGGAAGAUGCAGGGACAGCGGUAGUAUCAGCAUUAUCGAAAGAUCAGGAAAGUCUCCCAUCACCAAAGCUUACAAGGACGGUAGUGCUAACAACUGAACAACAGUUCAUCUUUGACGCAUUCCUCCGCGAGAUUGAUGAUAUACCUUUAACAGACAAAGAUCAAUCCUAUCCACCGGGAGUCACUUUAGAACCUCUCUCCCUCGACUCGUCGUCAGAUCCUACCAUAGCUGCCGAUGCCACUCAUUCUUCACUUAGAGAGAUAGAGUUGGAGGAGCAAUGGCAGCGGACACAAACAGUACAAUCCAUUUAUAGCAGGAUAUAUCAGCUCUCACUUCUUUCAAGUCUCACGAUCGAUCAACAAAGUAUGGAAAACCGGCUCAUUGAGUUUGCGAUUCGGAUUCUAGAUUGGGAGCAAGGAGGAAUGAAGCCAGAAUAUUUUGUAGGAGAGGAUAGAGCUAAAUAUAUGGCACAGAAGACGGCUAAUGAUUCAAAAAUGGAUGUAGAUAGUGAUGAUGACGAGGAUGAGGACCAUGCUGAGGGAGUAAGCAAGGGUAAGAGUACUGAAAUCACAAAUCCUCCUCCUUACGGAGGGAUCGUUGGUGAAAUGCUUGAGUAUAUGUACACUAUUGAGAAAGCUGCUGCACCUCCCAAAUGGAAAGUUGUAUGGAAUGCAACUGAGAACACUUAUACCUAUAAACAUGUCGCUACAGCGACCUAUACCAAGACAUAUCCAUCUAUAGAGCUAAUUCAUCAGCUAGAUUCACUCAAUUCACCAGAUGAAGUAAAUUAGAAGGCAGUAAUGGUUACCA